UCAACUGUGCAAAGUAUAAUUUUUUAGUUAAUAAAAACUAUUCAAGUGUUUGUGGUGCGUUCUCUUUCGCUGCUUCGAGAAGCCAAAAGAAAAAAAUGGUCCAAUUAAGCAGAGAACAGAAAAAAAACAAGAAAAGUAUGAUGUAGUGAAACAAACGCUCUGUUUACAAAAUCUUUUAUGCCUGCCUUGUGCUCAAUAUUCAGAGUAACUGUGCGUGGGUGUUGCUUGCAUACGUAUAAGUUUAUGCAUGUAAUAUAUAUGUAAAUAAAAACGUUAAUAAUAAUUGGUAAAAAGUUAUUUUGCUUGCCACAAGUUGCGGCAUUAUAAUGCUUAGCAUAUAAAUAAAAGCAAAGCAAAUACGAGUUGCUCUUGUGUCUUAUGUGCAGAAAACAAAACACAAAUAACAGAAAAAAAAUAAAAACAAGAGCAACAAUAACAACUGCAGCAAAACACAGCAGCUACGGCAAAAUGCCGGCGACAGCGAAUUCAAGCCUGCUGUUGUUGCUGUUAUUUCUCUUCGCCGCCGUCGCCUACACAACACCGACAACAACAAAAACAAUAACAACAAAAGCAACAACAACAACAACAACAACAUCGAAAACGUUGAGUCCAUUGACUGAUAUAGGUGCAUGCCCGGCGUCAUAUUUCACUUGCAAUGAUGGAUUUUGCAUACCAAUGCGAUGGAAAUGUGAUUCGAAACCCGAUUGCAGCGAUGGCUCUGAUGAGACCAGUGAUUGUGUAACAUCGCCCAAAUGCAACGAGGGCCAGUUCCGUUGUGAACAAAGCUUAAAGUGCAUACCAAACAAUUGGCUAUGCGAUGGCGAAUACGAUUGUGGCAAGGGUGACAUAUCCGACGAGACCAGCUGUCAUGCAAACAAAGGGCCCAAAUGUCAGGCCUAUGAAGCUGAAUGCAACAAUGGCGUUUGCUUAGAAAUUUCACGUUUCUGCGACGGCCAUUGGGACUGUGAUAAUGAUGAGCUGCAAUGUGAUAAACAAAAUGCCGCCUGCGCUGCAUUGAACUGCAGCUACAAUUGCAAACUGACGCCCAGAGGAGCGCGCUGCUAUUGUGCCGCUGGUCAGGUGCCCGAGAGCGCCAACUCCACGCGCUGUGUGGACUACGAUGAGUGCAGCGUGCCUGGCACUUGCGAUCAGCAGUGUCGCAAUACGCCGGGCUCAUACGAAUGUGCCUGCAUUUCUGGCUAUACAAAGCAGGGCAAGCGCUGCUUAGCCAUUAAUGUACCACCGUCCGAUGCAGCAACGUUAGCUAUGCUCUCUGCCGGCGGCAUACGCAGCAUUAAUACGGAUGCCAGCAAUGCUUCAAGCAUUCCCACCUCGCAGCCCUCACACUUUGUGCUCGCCUUUGAAGUUUGGCAUCGCAAUCGCACGCUGUGCUCGCUGCAGAAAAUGUGGUCGGAGCUGAAUAUGCGUUGUCAGCGCUAUGACGACCCCGCUGUCAACUGGACGCUGCCUGUCUCUACGUUAAUCUCACCACAUCAAUUUUUCGUCGAACUCCGCCUAGAUUGGCUAUCGAGCAAUUGGUACUUUCUGAACGAGGACGAUGGCCUCGUCUACUUGUGUACAAAUAACGUUAGUUUUUGUCGUUUGAUACUGCAGCAAGUGGAGCAUCCAUCGUCAAUUGCAUUGGAUCCAACUAAAGGGUAUCUCUUCUAUACGGACUGGUCGCCGAGCCUGUCGCGCUCUUUGCUCGAUGGCACCAAUCGCACCGCAUUGGUUAGCACGCAGAUUUAUCAUCCAAGCAGCGUUACCUUGGACCUGCCGCUGGAGCAUGUUUAUUGGAUUGACAUAUACAAGGAUGCCAUAGAGCGUGUCAACUACAAUGGAGAGCAGCGUUGGUCUAUGAAAAAGUUACCCGAUUCUGUGGUGCCGUUGAAGACCAUUCAGGCCAUUGAGAUAUUCGAGAACAGCAUUUAUUUGUCGCCCUGGACGGACAGAGCGGUCGUGGCUGUGGACAAAUUUUCAUUGAGGUCGCGCAUGUUGUUGGCGAAUGUGACGCGCGCCACAAAUUUUCGCAUUUUCCAUCGACAAAAGCAGCCGGAGGUUGCGCAUCCAUGCCGCAAAAAUAACGGCAAUUGCAAUCAGAUUUGUGUGCCGCUGUGGACCAAGGGAUUUGCACUUGCCAAAUGCCUAUGCACCUCUGGCUAUGAAUUGCACAAUCUGACAACUUGUAUGCUCUCGGCCCAUGCGAAAUUUCUGGUUUACACGGACAAGCGCUUGGUGCGCAUUACGGGCGUGCCGCUGGAUACGGAGAAGAUACAGGAGCUGCAGCAAUUAGGCGAGGAGCCCGAUGUUAUGGUGCCCAUUUACAAUGUGUCCCAGCCUAAGGCCAUCGAUGUCAACGUGCGCGGCAAAUCGAUCCUUUAUGUCAUGCCCGACCAGGAGGAUAGCGCCGAUGAGCCCAUUUAUGCCAUCAAGAGUCAGUCGCUCAAUGGCAGCGUCUCACGCACUCUGUCCACCGGUUGGCGCAAGGUGCAUGCCAUGGGCUACGAUUGGGUUAAUGACCAUUUGUAUUUCUCCGGUCAUCGCGUUCUGCGCGUUGCUCCAUUGCGUAAUAUGAGCAAAGUGCUUACCUUCAACAUUGACUGCGAUGCCAUGUCACUGGAGGUGGAUCCCACAAGUGGACUGCUCUACUGGUCGCAGUUCGAUUUCCAAUCAUGUGAGGCAGGCAUUUACAGCGCCUGGAUGGAUGGCACACAUCGCGAACUGUUGGCCAAAGCCACACCAGCCAUGCCCAUGCGUUGGCCACGCAGUCUCGAUGUGGACAGGCGCACCAAACUGAUCUAUUGGUGUGACUUUAAGCUGCAAACCAUUGAGCGCAUGAAACUGGACGGCACGGGCAGAGAGGUGCUCUUCAAAUCGGAACAAUUCAGUCCGUUUGCCAUGGUGCAGCAUAAUGGCAACAUUUACUGGGUGGAUAAUAUAAACACGACCAUUUGGCGCUUCUAUGUGCAUCAGGCGAACUUCUCCAGCACCUUCAGCUCCACGGUGCAUUUGCAGCACAGCGGCAUUGCCAUUGAUUUGCGCAUCUUUGAUGCUGCCACACAGCCAAUGCCACUAAAGCCCAGCGACUGUGCGCUGUCCAAGUGUCCAGGCAUGUGCUUGAAUUCACCCAAGGGCGCCAUUUGCCGCUGUCCCGAUGGCUUCACGCUCAACGGCACGGGCAGUCAUUGCAUACCACAGCUGACGCCCUCAACGAAGGACUCAUCGCGUGCGCCAGAGCUGCCUGCCAUGAAUUGCACUUCAGGCCAUCAGUGUCGCAGCACGCUGCAGUGCAUCGACAGCAAGGAUUUGUGUGAUGGCUUUGAGGACUGCGAUGAUGGCAGCGAUGAGAGCAACGAUGCGCUGGGUGCCUGCAAUCCGCAGACUUGCGACAAAAAGCUGCACUUCAUAUGCAAUGGACGUUGCUAUCAACGCGCGCUGCUUUGCAGCUCCAUUGCCUACUGCUCGGAUGGCUCCGAUCAGCUGAACUGCGAGGAGAACACCUGCAAUAGCAACGAGUUCACCUGCGAGAAGAGCGGACGCUGCAUACAGCUGACCUGGCUUAACGAUGGCGUCGUCGACUGCGGCCCCGACGACAGCUCUGAUGAAAGGUCGGACAUUUACUUUGGCAGCAAGUGUCCAGAGUUUGACUGCAACAAUGGACGCUGCCGGCAGUUUGCCGACAUAUGCGAUGGCAUCGACAAUUGCGGCAACAAUGCGGAUGAGUUUGCCUGCGAGCACGAGUGUGGCCAUGGCGAGCGCUAUUGUCGUCCCAUUGGCUGCUAUGGUGACAUGCAUAUGUGCGAUGGCAUCAAUGACUGCCUGGACUUUAGCGACGAGGCCAACUGCAAUCAAACCAAGAGCGACAACAAUCCGCUGAGCGGCUGGAAGGAGCUAAGCGAGUGCGCACCCUUCGAAUUUGCCUGCGCCGAUCCCUUCGAGUGCAUACCAGAGUUUCUACGCUGCGACGGCAUCAAUCAUUGCUUCGAUAAAACGGAUGAGAUUAACUGCACGAAGUUGCAUGAGAGCCAAUUUAAUAUGAACGAAACGGUCAUAUGCGAGCAUCCGGAUCGCAAAUGUGGGCUGAGCAACAAGUGCAUAACAGUCAGCCAGCUAUGCGAUGGCAUCAAUGACUGCGAGGAUACAACAGACGAAGGAUUUCUAUGCGCGGACAAGCUGUGCGAGCAAAGCCACGAGUGCUCACACAAUUGCCACAAUACCCCAGAGGGUUACAUCUGCUCCUGUCCGCCGCACUUGUUCCUGCAGCCGAAUGGCAAGCGCUGCAGCCGGCAGCAUGCCUGCGAUUAUUGGGAUACCUGCGCACAGGUGUGCGAGAAUAAUGGCAAAGGCUAUGCGUGCCAAUGCCACGAUGGCUACAGUCUGUCGUACGACAAGUUCAGCUGCAAGAGCACGGCGCCCGAUGAGCCUUUUGUCAUCUUCACCAAUCGCCAGGACAUACGUGGCAUCAAUCUGAAGACACUGACGUCCAACAGCUUCUAUAGCUCACUGCGCAACAUCAUUGCCAUUGACUUUCUGUACAACAACGAGACGAGCGUGGAGAUCUAUUGGACCGAUGUCAUCGACGAUAAAAUAUAUCGCGGCAAUUUGGUGGGCGAAAGCUUGCGCGAUGUCGAGGCGGUGGUGCACUCCGGACUGUCCACCACUGAAGGCUUGGCUGUCGACUGGAUAGGCAGAAAUUUGUACUGGAUUGACUCGAAUCUCGAUCAGAUUGAGGUGAGCAAGCUGAAUGGCAGCUUUAGACGCACCUUGAUAGCCGGCAACAUGGAAAGUCCGCGCGCCAUUGCGCUGGAUCCACGCGAGGGUUUGCUCUUCUGGACCGAUUGGGAUGACACUGCGCCGCGCAUCGAACGCUGCAGCAUGGCGGGCGAGGGUCGCCGCAUGAUCUCCACCAAUUGGCAGCUAAGCGCUGGCUGGCCCAACGGCCUGACGCUCGACUAUACACAGAAGCGUGUCUAUUGGGUGGACGCCAAGUCGGAUUCGAUUAGCACCACCAAAUACGAUGGCUCCGAGCAUCAUGUCGUGCUGCGCAACAAGGAGAUACUUUCGCAUCCCUUUGCCAUCUCGGUGUUUGAGAAUUAUGUCUACUGGACAGAUUGGCGCUCCACUUCGGUUAUACGCGCUAACAAGUGGAAUGGCAGCGAUGUUCAGGUGCUGCAACGCACGCAGACUCAACCCUUUGGCAUACAGGUGCUGCACUCGAGUCGCCAGCCCUGGGAGCGCAAUCCCUGCGGCGAUAACAAUGGCGGCUGCUCGCAUCUUUGCCUGCUCAGUGGCCAAGGCAGCUACAAAUGCGAGUGUCCGCAUGUCAUGCGACUGGAUCCAACGGAUGAGCGCAACUGUGUGCCCAACGAGCAGGUGCUGCUCUUUGUCAUGGGCGAUGAAAUACGCGGCAUUGAUCUGCAGCAGCCGAAUCAUCAUACAAUACCCACCAUAAGGCAGUCACCAAGGCUGGUGGCGCCGCAGCGCAUUGAUUUCCUAGUGGAGGACAGCCACAUCUAUUGGUCGGAUAUACAGCAAAAUGAAAUCUCACGCGCAGGCAUCUCCAGUGGAUUAAUUGAACCCAUUGUCAAUACCAAUAUAGAGAAGCCGUAUGGCUUUGCCAUCGACUGGAUAGCCAAGCACAUGUAUUUCUCCUCUGGACACCUGGUGGGCACUAUACUGGUCAGCAAUCUGCAAGGCGAAUACACCGCACACAUACACGAGCAACUCAACAUGGUGGACAGCAUAGCACUCGAUCCAGCCAAUGGCAAAAUGUACUGGAUACACUCGACGCAGGACUCUACGCUUUGGCAGCUGGAGCAGUCCAAUCUGGAUGGCUCAGCGCGUCUGGUGCUGCACGCGCACAACAACAGCAUGACCAGCUUGACCAUGGACUUUGAUUCGAAUCGCUUGUACUAUGCCUACGACAAUUCAGGCAUUGCCUACUUUGAUCUGAACAAGAAUGAAACGCGCUAUGUGCUGGUCGCCAGUCAGAUUACCACAAUUAGUUCGCUCACCGUUUACAAUGGCUCGCUCUACUUUCCGGAGAACAUCCAAAGCAGCAUUAUGCACUGCGAGAAGGAGCAGUGCAUCAACAUGGCCUUCCUGCGCGUCAAUACCAAGAGCAUCCAAAGCAUGAAGAUGUUCUAUGCGGAUGCACAAACGGGCACGAAUACUUGCGCUGGUCCCGCGCGUGGUGGCUGUGAGCAUCUUUGCUUGGCCACCUCACCCACGCAGCAUGUUUGUCGUUGCGCCCUGGGCUAUGAAGUGCAUCCGAAGAUUGCCACACGUUGUAUGCCGCAUGACGAAUUCAUUUUCUAUUCGAUUGAUGUCAUGCAGGGCGUGGAAAUGAUUGAUCCCAGCCAGAACUUUACAACACCCAAAUCAGCUCUGGUGCCCAUUUCACGCAUAAGCUCCGCCAGCUUCAUUGAGUACCAUGCGGCCAGCAAUAUGCUCUACUGGGGCGACAACGAGCUGGGCAGCAUAUCGCGCGUGCGUCGCGACGGCACACAACGCCAGACGAUACUGGAGGCGAGCAACUUGGCGGGCUACAAGCAGCACGACUGGCUGGGCGGCAUGGCCAUUGAUUGGGUGGCGGGCAACAUCUACUGGAGCGAUACGAAGCGCAAUGUAAUCGAAGUAGCGCGCUUGGAUGGCAGCAAUCGCUAUGUGGUGGUGGCCAAUGUGGAGAAACCCACUGCGCUGGCCGUGGAUCCGCUGCAGGGCAUGCUCUUCUAUGUUUCACAGCGGCACAUUGGACGCACUGGACUGGAUGGCAGUCAGCCGUUUGUGCUGGUGAAUCAGACACGCCCCAAUUGGGCGGUGAGCAGCUUGAUUAUCGACAUGGAUGCCACCAAGGUGUACUGGGUGGAGAGCUAUCCGUAUGCGCUAAUGAAAGUCGACUACGAUGGCAAUUUGCGGCAGGAGCUGCUCAACGAGACGACCAACAAGCCCGUGGUGCUGGCCAAGCUGGGCGACUAUCUCUACUGGGCGGAGAACAAAUACAGCGAGGGCACGCUGAAGGUAGCGCCGCUGGCAAAUCUCUCCCAAUCGCAUGUGAUACUCAAAACGGAGCAGGAUGCCAUCAGAGAUCUGAAGCUCUACUCGCGGCGAGUGCAGCACGGCUCCAAUGCCUGCGCCAGCAACAAUGGCGGCUGUGAGCAGCUUUGCCUAUACAAUGGCACCAGCGCCAUAUGCGCCUGUGCUCACAGUCGUCUGGCCGCCAAUGGCUACAGCUGCGAGCCGUACGAGGAGUUUCUGCUCUUCAGCUAUCGCAGCAACAUCGAGAGCAUACACAUGACGGAUCACGAGAACAAGAACUGGCCCGUGCAGGUGAUAAGCAAUUUAACGCUCAUGCGCAACGUCAUUGCCAUAAGCUACAACUAUGAGGCGCAGCUGGUUUACUACUCGGACGUGCAGCUGAGCACGAUCAAUCAGGUGCACUUCAAUGGCAGCGGGCAGCGCGUGCUGGUGCCGCAGCAGGGACGCGUCGAGGGCUUGGCCUACGACUUGGUUAACGAGCAGCUGUUCUGGACUUCGAACAACGACGCGGCCAUACGCAGUCUGGAGCUGUUGUAUCUGCGCCAGAAGCCCGAGCAGAGCUUGCAGUAUGUGAAAAAUGUAAUAAGCCUGCAGAGCAAGGAUAAGCCGCGCGGCAUUGCGGUGGAGCCGUGCCUGGGCAUGAUCUACUGGACCAACUGGAACGAGGAGUCGCCGAGCAUACAGCGCGCCUAUCUGAGCGGCUACGGCACGGAGCGCAUUAUACGGACGGAUAUCAAAAUGCCCAAUGCGCUGACGCUGGAUGUGGAGCAGCAGCAGCUGUAUUGGGCGGAUGCGCGUCUGGACAAGAUCGAGCGCGCCAACUACGACGGCAGCAAGCGCAUUGUGCUGGCUCACUCCAGUCCCAAGCAUGCCUUUGCCAUGGCCGUCUAUGGGGAUCUGCUCUUCUGGACCGACUGGGUGCUGCAUGCGGUGGUGCGUGCCAACAAAUAUACGGGCAACAAUGUGGUCUUCCUACGCGAGCAUGUCGCGCGUCCCAUGGGCAUUGUGGCGGUGCAGAACAGCUCCAUCAACUGCGAUGCCAAUCAGUGCAAGAUCCUGAAUGGCUACUGCGAGGAUGUCUGCAUACUGAACAAGAGCGGCAAGGCGAGCUGCCAGUGCACGCAGGGCGUGCUGGCGCCCGAUGGACGUCGCUGCAUUGCGCCCGUGCAUACGAAUUGCGGCAAGUCGCAGUUCACCUGCCACUCCGGCGAGUGCAUACCGCUGGAGCUGACCUGCGACAAUGUUACCCACUGCCUGGAUGGGUCGGAUGAGAAGCGCAGCUACUGCAUCUUGCGCGAGUGUCCCAGCACGCAUUUCAUGUGCCAGAAUCAUCGCUGCAUACCCAAGGAGCUCACCUGCGACGGCCUGCAGCAGUGCGGCGAUGGCAGCGAUGAGACGACCCUGCUCUGCAAGUGCCACGACGAUCAGUUCCGCUGCGGCAGCGGCGAGUGCAUCUCGCGCAGCUUCCUCUGCGACAACAUGCGCGACUGCCGCGACUUCAGCGACGAGAAGCAGUGUCCGCCCCGCGCCUGCGAGCACGGCGAUGCGCUCUUCGAGCCCUGCCCCAACAGCAGCAUUUGCAUCAUGCCCAGCUGGCGCUGCGAUGGCGAGCCCGACUGCCCCAGCGGCACCGAUGAGCAGGACUGCGGCAACUUUACGCGCGCCGCCUGCACCCCCUCGCAGUUCCGCUGCGCCAAUGGUCGCUGCAUUGCCAACAGCUGGCAUUGCGAUGGCGAGAACGAUUGCAUGGACCAGGCGGAUGGCAAGCCCAGCAGCGAUGAAUUGAACUGCCCCUCGAGCUGUGGGCCCGACUCCUUCAGCUGCGACAAGCUCUGCAUUCCCAGCAGCUGGCAGUGCGAUGGCAAGCCCGACUGUCCGGAUGGCAGCGACGAGGGUCCCCAGUGUCCCAAUCGCGCGUGUCGUGAGCAUUUGUUCCACUGCAAGAGCUCGGGUCGUUGCAUACCACAGAAGUGGGUCUGCGAUGGCGAGCCGGACUGUCCAGUUACGGGCGAACAAGGAGCCGAGGAUGAGGGCUCACAUUGUGGUAGCGUCGCUCACAUUCCCGACUGUCAGCCGCCGGCGUUCCUCUGCUCCAGUGGUCUCUGCAUUGACGCGCAUUAUGUGUGUGACGGCGAUGAGGACUGUCCCAGUGGCGAUGAUGAGUACGAGGGCUGUGUACCCAACACGGGCAGUUCCUGUCCAGGCGGCGCUUUGAUGCAUCAGUGUCUGGAUGGUCGCUGCAUCUACAAGAACCAGACGUGCGAUGGCAAACAGGACUGCAGCGAUGGCAGCGACGAGUUGCCCUCGCAUUGCGCCCAGGCCAAUUGCAAUGGGCCCAACGAUUUUCGCUGCAAGAACGGCGCCUGCAUUGGCGUCAAUUUGCUCUGCGACAGACUCAACGACUGCGGCGACUUCUCGGACGAGCAGCAGUGCAAUGUGAACGAGUGUCUGAUCACGGAUAUAUGCGAGCACGAGUGUGUGGAUAAGGUGGUGGGCUACGAGUGCCGUUGCCGGCCAGGAUUCAAGCUGCUGCCCAAGAGUCCGCGUCUCUGCACGGACAUUGACGAGUGCGCGGAGCAGCAGCCCUGCUCCCAGACCUGCAUCAAUACGCAUGGAUCGUACAAGUGUCUGUGCGCCAAGGGCUAUGCGCUGCACGAUCAUCGCACCUGCAAGGCCACCAGCAAUGUGACCAUGAAGCUGAUCUUCUCCAAUCGCUACUACAUACGCCAGGUGAACCACACUGGCAAUGGCAGCAUACUCAUUCACUCGCUGUCGAAUGCCGUGGCGCUGGACUACGACUGGGACAGUCAGUGUCUGUACUGGUCGGACGUGACCAGCACAGUGGGCACCAUCAAGCGUCAGUGUCCGGCUGAGAACAAAACCCAGACGCUGCAUCAAGCUAUGCUAAAGAAUCCCGACGGUCUGGCUGUGGAUUGGGUGGCCAAGAAUUUGUAUUGGUGCGACAAGGGCUUGGAUACGAUUGAGGUCUCCCAGCUGGAUGGCAAGUAUCGGCGCGUGCUCAUCAAUGAGCAUCUGCGUGAGCCACGCGGCAUUGCGCUCGAUCCCUACCAGCGCCACAUCUACUGGUCCGACUGGGGCGACAAUCCGCACAUUGGCAAGGCAGGCAUGGAUGGCUCCAAUCCCAGAAUUAUUAUACGCGACAACAUGGGCUGGCCCAAUGCGCUCACCAUUAGCUUCGAGACCUUGCAGCUGUUCUGGGGCGAUGCGCGUGAGGACACCAUAUCGGUCAGUGAUCUGGAUGGCAAUCAUACGCGCAUCUUGCUGGCGCGCAGCAUUAAUCCGCAGCUGAAUCUGCAUCACAUCUUUGCCAUUGCCGUGUGGGAGGAUCGCAUCUACUGGUCCGACUGGGAGACCAAGUCCAUUGAGUACUGCAACAAGUACGAUGGCCAGAACUGCUCCACCAUGAUUACCACCAUACAUCGCCCCAUGGACCUGCGCGUCUUCCAUCCCUAUCGCCAGCAGCAGCCGCUCAGCGGCAAUCCCUGCCUGCAGGCCAACUGCUCCACGCUCUGUCUGCUCUCGCCCGAGCCGCCCUACUUCAAGUGCGCCUGUCCCAACAACUUUGUGGUCGCCGAGGAUGGACGCAGCUGUCGCGCCAACUGCACCGCCGCCCACUUCGAGUGCGUCAACACCUACAAGUGCAUCCCGUUCUACUGGCGCUGCGACACCCAAGACGACUGCGGCGACGGCAGCGAUGAGCCCGACAACUGUCCGCCCUUCUACUGCGAGCCGGGUCAGUAUCAAUGCGCCAACAAGAAGUGCAUCCAUCCCGCCGCCAUUUGCGAUGGCCUCAAUCAGUGCGGCGACAACUCGGACGAGCUCAACUGCGAGAAGUUCACCUGCUUCGAGAAUCACUUCAAGUGCGAGGCCUCGGCCAACAGCAGCGCCUUCUGUGUGGACAGCGUCAAGCGUUGCGAUGGAGUGCGCGAUUGUCCCAAUGGCGAGGACGAGGCCGACUGCACGCCCCUGGUCUGCAAGAAGGAUCAGUUCCUGUGCAGCAAUCGUUGCAUACCCUUCGUCUGGGUCUGUGAUGGCGACUCCGAUUGUCCCGACAGAUCCGAUGAGGCCAAUUGCGGACACACCUCCUGUGGACCCAACUAUUUCAAAUGUAAUUCCGGUCGCUGCAUUCCGUCCGCAUGGCGUUGCGAUGACGAAGCGGACUGUCCCAAUGGCGAGGAUGAGCCCGAGAGCUGUCAUGCCACCAAGUCCAGCUGUGAUCCGACGUACUUCAGAUGCAACAACUCGAAGUGCAUACCCGGACGCUGGCGCUGUGACUAUGAGAACGACUGCGGCGACGGCAGCGACGAGCUCAACUGCCAGAUGCGCAACUGCUCCGAGAGCGAGUUCCGCUGCGGCACAGGCAAGUGCAUCAAGCACGACUAUCGCUGCGAUGGUGAAAUACACUGCGAUGACAGCAGCGAUGAGAUCAACUGCAACAUAACCUGCAAGGCGAAUCAGUUUAAAUGCGCAGCAUUCAAUACCUGCAUCAAUAAGCAAUACCAAUGUGAUGGCGAUGACGACUGCCCCGAUGGCUCCGAUGAGGUCAACUGCACCUGCCCCAGCAAUCACUUUACCUGCGGCAAUGGCAAGUGCAUUCUGUCGCGCUGGAAGUGCGACGGCUGGGACGACUGUCUGGACGGCAGCGAUGAGAGCUACGCCACCUGCGCCAGCACGCAUUGCCAUGCCAAUGCCUUCAAGUGUGAGAAUAUGUUGUGCAUACGCAAGUCCGCCUUGUGCGAUGGCAUCAACGACUGCGGCAGCAAUGAGGAUGAGUCGGAUGAGGUGUGUGCCGCGCUGCCCAAGUGCCGGCACGAUCAGUUCCAGUGCGAGAAUGCUGAUUGCAUAUCGAAGAACUAUCGCUGCGAUGGGCAGUACAAUUGUAUUGAUGGCUCCGAUGAGAUGAACUGCCAGCCACCGGUUUGUGGCUUUGGCACCUGCUCGCAGAUAUGCAUUGAGAAGAAGCUGGGCCACUACAAUUGCAAGUGCACGGCGGGCUACAGCAAGGCGGCGGCUAAGAAUGCCACUUGCUUGGCCUCUGGACCGGAGCAGAUACUGCUGCUGGCCUCCGAGCAGGAGUUCCGCUUCAUACUGCCAGCCAAACAGGAGGGCACCAUUAUGGUGGGAUUCUUUCAAACGGACAGCUUGAAGAUUGAUGUCUUCGAUAUACUCAUACGGCCAAAGGAUACGCUGCUCUUCUGGAUUGACUCGCAUCAUGGUAAGGUGCACACCAUGAAGAUAGCAACGCCGCAUGUGGAAGACGCCAAAGCGCGUGUGCGUCGCGAUCUCAAGGAGCUGACUGCGUUCAAUAUACCCGAUCUGGAUGAUCCCAAGUCCUUGGCUGUGGAUUGGAUUACGCAAAUGGUCUACAUCAUUGACUCGCGUCACAAUCAAAUUGUUGCCACCGAUAUUGAGGGCAAGAAGUAUAUAUCGCUGGUAUCCACGGGCUGGACACCCACGGAUAUUGUCGUGGAGCCCGAGUCGCGCAUUAUGAUCUGGUCGACGCUGGAGAACGGCAUACUCGUCGCCUCGCUGGAUGGCAGCAACAAAAAGAGUUUGGUCGAGCGUGAUGUCGGCUGGCCCAUCAGUCUCUCCAUAGACUAUCCCACUGGACGCUUAUACUGGGCGGAUUAUCGCAAGGGCACCAUCGAAACCUGCCGCCUCAAUGGCAAAGAUCGCAAUGUCGUGCGUCGCUUUGGCAAUCGCGAAAAGCCACAAAAGAUUGACGUAUUCGAGGACUAUCUAUAUAUAAAGCUGUACGAUCAGAGCAUUAUAAAGAUGAACAAGUUUGGCAACGACAAUGGCACUUACUUGUUGAAGGGCUAUCGCAGCUCGGACAUUGGCAUACUGCAUCCGAUGAAACAGAAUCGCAACAUCAGCAAUCCCUGCGCCAAGGAGCCUUGCAAGGCUUUGCGUGCGCUCUGCAUACUUUCAACGGAGUCGACCAACGGCUACAGCUGCAAGUGUCCCAGCGACUAUGUCAUGACCAAGGAGGGCGUCUGCAAGGCGCAUGCGGAUGUGCCCAACUAUUGCCCACUGCACUGCAAUCUGGGCACCUGCCAGCUGGUGAAUCAUGUGCCCAAAUGCAUUUGUCAGCCGCAAUUUGAGGGCGAGCUUUGCGAGCAUUAUCGCUGCCAUGGGCAUUGCCUCAACUAUGGACUUUGCACGGUGGCGCCACAGCUGCCAGGGCUGUCAGAUCUGCCGCCGCCGCUUAAGUGCACCUGUCCGCCCAACUGGUCUGGCGCACGCUGCGAAACUUCCGUGACCGAUUGCCAGAGCCGUUGCCACAAUGGCGGCUCGUGUGUCGUCUCCGAUACGGAGGGCAUGAAGUGCAGCUGCCCGGACAUGUACAUGGGUGAGCAAUGCGAGCAUUGCCAGAACUUGACCUGUCAGAAUGGCGGCAUCUGUCGCCAGACGCUUACGGGCGCCUCCCAAUGCGAAUGCCCCGAUGGCUUUGCCGGCAAGCGCUGUGAGUUCAAUGAAUGCGCUGAUUUCUGUAAAAAUGGCGGCACUUGCAGCAUCAGCGGCAAGGGUCAGCGUCAGUGCCGCUGCCCAGGCGGUUACUAUGGCGAGCACUGCGAGGCGAACUCCUGCAACGACUUUUGCCAAAACGGCGGCACCUGCAAGAAUCGCGGCGAGCGUCUCACCUGCACCUGUGCGCCACGCUACAUUGGCGAUCGCUGUGAGUCCGAUUUGUGUAAGACUUCGAUGCCACCGCGCUUCUGUGAUGCCUCACAGCUGCCCUCACGCAAUCCCUGCACUGGCAUCAUUUGCCAAAACUCCGGCACCUGUCAUGUCAUCAAAGGCGUGGCCAUGUGCAAUUGCACCAGCGACUGGAACGGCGAGUUCUGCACACUGCCUGUGGGCCAGGAUAAUCCCUGCGUGCGCUUUUGCGCCAAUGGCGCAGUCUGUCACAUCGACGAGCUGUCGCAGCCGCACUGCAGCUGCAUUGGCGAAUGGCAGGGUCAGUACUGCGAGCAUCCGCCGCACUGCAUUGGCGAGUGCGGAGUUUGUCGUCGCGGCAGCUCCAUCAACGAGUGUCUGUGUGAUAACAAGCGCAUUGUGCCCUGCAUGGCGGAGGGCACAGACGCGCUGGGCAGUGAGCCGCCGCAGCCGGCAGAGCAGAGCAGCUUGCUAUCCAUACUGGCAGUCAUAUUGGCUGUCAGUGUGCUGCUCCUGGCGCUCUUUGGCGGCGCCGUUUACUUCUUAAAACGACAUCGCAUUGCGCAGCCUUUUUCACAUGCUCGACUUACGGACAAUGUGGAAAUUAUGCUCACCAAUCCUAUGUAUCGCGGUGAUGCGGAUGAGGCGCCGCAGUUUGCUCAUGAGGAUGAUAAGGGCAACUUUGCGAAUCCUGUGUACGAGUCCAUGUAUGCGGAUGCCAUUGCGGAGCCAGCCAGCACGGAGAUUGCGCACAGCACAGCGCCGGAUGAGCGCAAGGGACUGCUGCAGCACACACAUGACGAGACGCACACACCGGACAUACUCUGAUGAUUGAUCCCAUGCCAGCCAUGGGCAAAGGAUACGAAAAACUAGAAUUAAUAUUCAUGCUCAUAUUGAAACGCAAAAUCCAAAACACGACUUCAACACGAACAAUGGACUGAUAGCCGUAGCCAUAUUACGAAUUUUUGUAAACAUUUUUUUAUUUUAUUGUCGUGCUUCGAAUGUGGGCAAGCUAUCCAAAGAGCGUUCCAAACAAGAAACGCGCAUUCAGGCUGCCUUGCUCCUUAACAAACAAACAAACAAACAAAAAUAUGUCCUUAAUAAUGAUGUCCUUAUACUUUUAUAUCAUGUAAUUUUUAUUCUAUAACACAACAUGAUUUUAUGUUCAAACGUUUUGUUUUCUUCAUUUUCCGUUGCGUUGUGCAUUUGUAAAUUUUUGUAGUUAAUAGCAAUAAGUUAAAGUCAAGCGCAGCUAUGGAUAACAUGAUCUGUAAAUAUUUUAUAAAACUACAGCCCAAUGGCCAGCCUAGUUAACAUUUAAAACAAAGCAACACACUAUUGCCAAUUAGCGAACAACAUAUUAAUACAAAUAGAAGUAUGAAUACAUUUUAUAUUUUUCAUCGAACAACGCACAAUGCUAGCCUGAAUAUAUGCUCAAGCAAUAGUUGAACAAAUCGAAUAGCUUAUAGAUACUCAAGAAAUGAAUAUAUAUUUUUAAAUCAAGGCAACUAAACCCACAUACACUGUGAAUCGCAUAUAAUAACUUAAGCUUAAUCUUGCCAAAUCUAAUUCAUCAUAUUCCAGUGAAUAUUUUUGCUAAAUGGCUUCAAAACAAUGUAAAAGAGAAUUCCGAAAAUGUUUAAGUUAUUCAGUCUGCUAUUGUUACUAAUUUUUAAUCAGUCUUUUGUUUGCGUAUAUUAACCUUUUUAUUUUAGGUCCAAAUGGGUCAGCUGCAAAUCCACUUGACAUAUAUCCUGGUGGAUUUUUUAGUUUAAGGCAAUCGAACGAAAUCUGUCUUUUGUAUAAACAUAAUGCUCAGACUAAAGCCAAAUUUUAAUAAUACUAUGUAAAAUUUUAUAGGUUAACUUAUACAAGAUAUAUCUAUGUAAAGCACGGUGCGAAAUUGUUUAAAAUUUAGAAUACUUAGCUUACAAAAAACAAUGAGCAAUUGUAAAAAUAAAUAAU